CGCGGCCCGGGCUGGGCUGGAGGAGGAUGGAAGAGGCGGAGGCGACCGAGUGCUGAGGGCAACCUGCGGGAUCGCACCGCCAUGCGGGCGGACGCCGAGUCGCCGCCGUCCCGGACCCUCCGCGUCCAGUGGUGGCUGUGGUUGGGCCUGGUGGGCCCGGUCCUCGGUGGGGCGCGGCCAGGUUCUCAGCAAACCCCGAUUCCUUCUUCUUAUGAAAUUAUCACUCCUUGGAGAUUAACUAGAGAGCGAAGGGAGGCCCCGAGGCCCUACUCACCGCAGGUGUCUUACGUCAUUCCGAUUGAAGGGAAGGAGCAUAUUGUUCACUUGGAGAGGAGCACUGACCUUUUGCCUAAAGAUUUUGUAGUUUAUACCUACAGUGAGGAAGGGGCUCUGAUCUCUGACCGUCCCAACAUAGAGAAUCAUUGUCAUUAUCGGGGCUAUGUGGAAGGAGUUGAUAAUUCAUCUGUUGCCCUUAGCGACUGUUCUGGACUCAGAGGAUUGCUACAUUUAGAGGAUAUAAGUUAUGGAAUUGAACCCCUGCAAAACAGUCCUCAUUUUGAACACAUGUUUUAUCGAAUGGAUGAUGUUCACAAAGAGCCUCUGAAAUGCGGAGUGUCCGCUUUGGGUGCGGAGGAAGAAGCAGCGGAUACCGAAGAGGAGCCGCAGCCCAGCGUGACUCAGCUGCUCCGGAGGAGAAGAGCUGUGUUGCCACAGACCCGAUAUGUGGAGCUUUUCAUCGUUGUAGACAAGGAAAGGUAUGACAUGAUGGGUCGGAAUCAGACGGCUGUGAGGGAGGAGAUGAUUCGAUUAGCAAACUACUUGGAUAGCAUGUACAUUAUGUUAAAUAUCCGCAUUGUGCUGGUUGGGCUGGAGAUUUGGACAAAUGGAAACCUGAUCAGCAUCGUUGGAGGUGCUGGGGAUGUGUUAGGGAACUUUGUGCAGUGGAGGGAAAAGUUUCUUAUAACACGUCGAAGACAUGACAGUGCACAGCUGGUUCUAAAGAAAGGUUUUGGUGGGACUGCAGGAAUGGCGUUUGUGGGAACAGUGUGUUCCAGGAGCCACGCAGGUGGGAUCAAUGUGUUUGGGCAAAUCACUGUGGAGACAUUUGCAUCGAUCGUAGCUCACGAGCUGGGUCACAACCUUGGAAUGAAUCAUGAUGAUGGCAGAGAUUGUUUCUGUGGGGCAAAGAGCUGCAUCAUGAACUCGGGAGCCUCAGGUUCCAGAAACUUCAGCAGUUGCAGUGCUGAGGACUUUGAGAAGUUAACUCUGAAUAAAGGAGGAAAUUGCCUUCUCAAUGUUCCAAAGCCUGAUGAAGCGUACAGCGCUCCCUCCUGUGGUAAUAAAUUGGUGGACCCCGGCGAAGAGUGUGACUGUGGCACUCCAAAGGAAUGUGAAUUGGACCCUUGUUGUGAAGGAAGUACUUGUAAGCUUAAAUCAUUUGCUGAAUGUGCAUAUGGUGACUGUUGCAAAACCUGUAAGUUCCUUCCAGGAGGUUCUUUAUGUCGAGGAAAAACCAGUGAAUGUGAUGUCCCGGAGUACUGCAAUGGUUCUUCGCAGUUCUGCCAGCCCGAUGUCUUUAUUCAGAACGGACAUCCUUGCCAGGACAACAAAGCCUACUGCUACAACGGCAUGUGCCAGAAUUACGAUGCUCAGUGUCAAGUCAUCUUUGGUUCAAAAGCCAAAGCUGCCCCAAGAGAUUGUUUCAUUGAAGUGAAUUCUAAAGGUGACAGAUUUGGCAAUUGUGGUUUCUCUGGCAAUGAAUACAAGAAGUGUGCUACCGGGAAUGCUCUGUGCGGGAAGCUUCAGUGUGAGAAUGUUCAGCACAUGCCGGUAUUUGGAAUCGUGCCUGCUAUUAUUCAGACACCCAGCCGGGGCACCAAAUGUUGGGGUGUAGAUUUCCAGCUGGGAUCGGAUGUUCCAGAUCCUGGGAUGGUUAACGAAGGCACAAAAUGUGGUGUUGGAAAGAUCUGUAGAAAUUUCCAAUGUGUAAAUGCUUCUGUUCUAAAUUAUGACUGUGACGUUGAGAAAAAGUGCCAUGGACAUGGGGUGUGUAAUAGCAAUAAGAAUUGUCACUGUGACGAUGGCUGGGCUCCCCCAAAUUGUGAGACUACAGGAUACGGAGGAAGUGUGGACAGUGGACCUACGUACAAUGAAAAGAAUACUGCCCUGAGGAAUGGUCUGCUCGCGUUCUUCUUCCUCAUUUUGCUCGUGGCAUUGGCUGUUUUUUGCUUCAUCAAGAGAGACUGGCUCCGGAGAACCUUGUGCAGAAAGAAGAGGUCGCAAGCAUACGGAUCGGAUGCAAAAACUCAAGGCCACGUCUCUAGGCAGCCAGCGAGUGCUCCCAGGCAUGUUUCUCCAGGGACGACUCCUAGAGAAGCUCCUAUAUAUGCAAAUCGAUUUCCUGUACCAACCUAUGCAGCCAAGCAACCUCAGCAGUACCCAUCAAGGCCACCUCCACCACAACCGAAAAUACCAUCUCAGGGAAAUCUAGUUCCUGCUCGCCCUGCACCUGCCCCUCCUUUAUACAGUUCUCUCACCUGAGUUUUUUUUAAUCCCUUUUUUGGGCAAAUUGUCUUCAGGGAACUCAGCUUCUACUUUUUUUUUUUUUUUCCUUCCUCACAUUUUCCCGAAAAGUCUUUUUCUCCUGUUACAACUAUGAAUGAAAACAAAAUAGCAUAAAACUACACUAACACAGCGAAAUGGAGCUCAGCCGCGCGAGUUGGAAGCACAAGCGCACGGGAGGAAGCCGAGGGGUACUCAGAGUCCCCCUGGCCGAAUGCGCCUCAGUCGGUCACCUGUGGAGCGACGCGUUCUCUCUGGAUUAUCUCAUUUGGAAGAUGCUGUUUCAGUGACUCUCAAACGAACUGUAUUGAUGUGAAAAUCUUCAUUAUGUGUGUGCUUCGAUGUUGAUUUGAACCUUUGACCUUUAGUUAUCAUUAAUGUAAUUGCUGGUGAACAAUUAAUGUAAUUGCUGCGUGACAGCUAACAACCUGUGCCAGCCAGUUAGCCAGCGAAAACACUGAGUGCUUGUCCUGUCGCACACGUUAAUAACCACACACCUAGAAUGUUACUCCCUCAGCACCCAGACAGAUGCUCUGUUUGCAAGAAUGCACAAGAAACACUGUUUAUCAAAGUGUUGCGACCUUAUUGUCAAAGUGCAAGACACAGGAGCCUGUGUCCUCACACAGUUGUUAGCGUCCAUUUUAACGUUCAUUCACCCAUAGAUGAUGACUAGUAAACAUGAAUUUAAUAUUAGGGAAUUUCUAUUAUGAAUCAUUUUAACGCAUGGGCCUCCUUUUACAAUCGCAUUUCAAAUUGCAAGCUUUAAGGUACGAGGUGUUUAACACAUGUAAUCAGAUAACGCUGUUGAUUCAUGGCUGUACUCAAGCAGAAACACUUUCAAUACCUUCAACCGUUGGAGCAGUUACAAAAGCACUUGAGAAUUUCAUGAGCACUUUAAGUCUAAAAUUUGAAUUCUCAGAGCUUGACUUCAAAUCAUUUAGAAUGUUUACAUUUACUCCGGUGUGCUGGAUCUGACCUCUGGCAGACAUUUUCCUAGAAAUGUGGGCGGAGAAAAGAAGUGGCUUUCUUAAAUGCAAAAGUUACUGUGGUAUCUGUGAGUGAUUGUCUGUUUUAUUAAAAAUGAAUUUUUACUAUGUAAGAAAUGGUAUGGGCAAUAGAAUUUUAAACAAAAUUUUUUUCAUAACCUUUCAUAAUAAAGUUUAAUAAUAUGUUUAUUAACUGAAUUUCAUUAGUUUUAAACAGAUUUUUGGUUUGUAUACAUGUACAGAUAUAACACAAUAAAUAAAAUUUAAAA